AUGUCUUCCUCUUCCUCUUCUUCUUCACGUUCAAAAUCAAAUGCUAAUUCUGUAAUGACCAAAGCUAAUAACCAAUACAACAUUUCCCUUAGCCCUAUCUACCCUAUCACCACUUCAACCAGUUCUUCUCCUGACACUCCUAAUGUCAAGAAUGAGAAAAAGAAAAAGUCUAUCUUGCCCAAGAUUUUUGGAUCAAGGCGAAACGGGAGAGGCUCCGAUGAAGAUGCACUCAAAUCUAAUCCAGAAGGAGAUUCAAUUUCAAUUACCUUGAAGAAGUUGGAAACCAAGAGAAAAGCAUUCCUUGACGGUCCCAUGAUGAGAAAGAGUUUCUCAGAAAGGGAAACUAGCCUGGGAUUGAAGGCUUAA